UAUAUACAAUGAAAAAAUUAUAAAUUAAAAAAUAAAUUUUAUAUUAAGACAACAGCAUCAACAACCACAACGAAGGCGACUUAACUACCCAGUGAAUAUUGGUGACUGUACAUAUCACACAAUGCGCUUACGCCCCUAUAAUAAUAAGAAUAAUAGUAAUAAUAAUCAUAAAAAAAUUUUGGCAGACUUAACAUUAUUUCUACUCAGUACGCAAAAAGACUUCGACGCGAAUAGUCGACACAUUAUAUAAUUAAAAUAUUUCGUGCUCAGCUCGAUAUUGAAACGCAUUCCAUGUUUCAUUCAUUACAAAAGACGGCCCUUAGGAUUUGUCUAAUGAUAGUCAGUCUGCAAUAUGGUAAAAAAAAAAAGAUCGCCUUUGUUGCACAUUGAUUUUCCCCUACUUUUAUAUUCUAGUGACAAGCCAUACAGCCAGUUUCAAUGCAGAGAGUCCAAAGAAUGCCUCUCCUAUGGAGAGCUUUGCGAUGGCGUUGUAAACUGUCGCGAUGAAUCGGACGAGUCGCUUGAGCUUUGUAUGGCCACCGUUUGUCUCCACGGCUCCUUCCGCUGUGCGUACGGCGCCUGCAUAUCCAAGACUGCGGCGUGCAAUCAUUUGAACGACUGUCGCGAUGGCUCCGAUGAGUUGGCUUCCAUAUGCAGCAAAGACUUGGGCACGCCGUGGCACUUAUAUCCUUGGCAAAAAGAGUCCAGCCUCAACCACCUCCACCACGGUACGGACAGCUGCACGGAUGAGAAUAGCUGCAAGGUGUUCGGCUCCAACUUGCGAGUAAAAACGAUAUACAAUGGUCUGCCCUAUUUGGGCGAUGGAACUGUGCCGCACCAGACGACGGUGCGGCUCAGCUGUGGCCGUAAUUACCUGCGGCAGGGCAGCGAUAUGAACACCUGCGACAACGGCGAGUGGAAGGCGCCUUGGGCUGAGUGCAUCAAGGGCUGCAAGAGCAGCACGAUCACAAAUGAUCGCAGCAUCCGAGCCAUCUGCACCUACGAGCAAGAGAUCGUCGACUGUUCCGCAUUGCUGCACCCUCCCAGGACCGUUGCCAUCACAAGGUGUGCCCAGGGCUAUCGACCCAGCAGAUCUAUUGAUCGGGGCGAAAUCGAGUGCAAAGCGAAUGGCAACUGGCGCAGGCGCCAUGCAUAUUCGCCAAAACUCAAGUGCGUUCCCGACUGUGGCAGGACAUUCGAUACGGUCAAGGACCAUCCGUUGGUUGUCAGCGUAUUUAGGCAUAUGGGAUAUGACAGACAUGUACAGCACAGCCGAAUAUUCCAUUAUAAUGGGCAAUCACUCAACGAGCUUCAAUUCGAAUACGGAGCACGGCUACGACGUGCGCCACAUUAGCAUGAUAAACCGCUACUUCAAGCCUCUGGUGCUGGUAAAUCCAUUUCUAUUAUCGGCGAAAGAGCAACCCAUUUGCCUUAAAGAAACUGAUUAUGUUUACCACGGAACGCAGUCACUGCUGCUUUGCACGCCCUUAUACAAACAUGAAGACAUUUCCUCUCUGGCAUACAUUUCCAUUGGCGAUAGGGCCAUCAAUUUCGGGGAUUAUCGUGAGAAAAUUAUUGAUGAAUUGGGACAAUAGAGAUUUAUCUACUGAAAAUCUUAAACAAAAAAUGCGUUUAAUAAGGAAAAAGUAAAAAUAACAUAUAAUUCAUUAUAUGAGACAGAAUAAAAUUUAUGAUUUGAUGCAAGAAAAAAAAAAGUAUUUGAAAAAUUUACAAUGGAUUUUGUUGAACUUUUGGUUCGAUGAAAAUCGUAUAGCAAUUUCGAGCUCUUGGAAUUCCACUGCAUAUCGUAUAUCGUAUAAUCGA